UCGUGACGUGGUAGGACCGUCAGGCCGGUGGUAAAAGGAGCUCCAGACCCGGAAGAAGCGAGUAGGGCUAGAAAGUGUGCCAAAAUAAAGGAGAGGAAAUGUUUGUCUCACCACUUGAAUGUGGUGUACCCACCAGCUUCUAUCCUGAUCAAGAUAUUGCCAAUAGCUUUCUACAGAUAGAACAGGAGUUGAAUUUAAAGCUGGCAGAACUUCAAUUUCAGGACCCUGUUAAGUAUGUUUAUAAUCCACUCUUGUAUGCCUGGGACCCACACGAGAAGUAUGUGCGGACAUACUGCCAGUCAAAGAAGGAUGUUCUCUUUUUAGGGAUGAAUCCAGGACCGUUCGGCAUGGCCCAGACAGGGGUUCCCUUUGGGGAAGUUAGCCAUGUGCGGAACUGGUUGUGUAUUGAAGGUGAAGUCUCUAAGCCACAGUCAGAGCAUCCGAAAAGACCUAUCCUUGGGUUUGAAUGUCCCAAUAGAGAGGUUAGUGGUGCCCGCUUUUGGGGUUUCUUCAAAUCCCUCUGUGGACGACCUGAAAUUUUUUUCCAACACUGCUUUGUGCACAACCACUGCCCGCUCAUCUUCAUGAACCAGUCAGGGAAGAACCUGACUCCCUCAGACCUCCCAAAACAACAGAGGGACAAGCUGCUGGAUAUCUGUGAUGAAUUCCUCUGUCAAGUAAUCAAGACUCUUGGGGUUAAAAUGGUUAUUGGAGUGGGCAGAUUCUCAGAACAACGAGCAAAAAAAGCUUUGGCAGCUGAGGGGAUUGAGGUGGAAGUAAAGUGUAUAAUGCAUCCAUCCCCCAGGAAUCCCCAAGCUAACAAAGGAUGGAACAGUGUGGCCAUGGCACAGCUACAAGAACUUGGUGUUUUGACUUUAUUCUCUAAUUGAAGGGCUCACCCAUAAUGCAAGCUGAAUUGCAUCCCGAUACACUACAGUAGGCCAUGCCUGGUAAAAAAAAACUAAAUAGCUAUAAUCAGGCUUGGUUUAUUCAUAUGCAACCAAUUUACAAGCUG